AUUUUCUGACGAUCAGUGUUCGAUGUAUCUAAUUAUUACACAAUGUUUUGAAACCGAAAAUUGCAGAUGAUUAAUUGCAGAAAUUUCGACCUUGUUCAAAAUACACUGAUCGAAAUCCAACGUAUCUUAAUAAUCUAGAGUGCUUUGUAAUGAGAAAUUAUAAGUGCAAGGGUACAAACCACAUUUCGAUCGUCAAAUGUAAACGUAUAAUUUCUUGUGUGCUGUAAUCAAGAUCAGUGGGCAUUUAUCAGCAUAAGUAUAUAUUUUUAUCAGUAAUAUCUUUAGUAACAAGCAAAAGCAGAUCAAAGAGAACAAAACACCUGAGUGCCAAAAGUGAAUAGAUAGUUCCAAAAGAAAGUAAUUGUAUUAAUUUUUUUGUCCAUUAGGACAAUAGCUGUAUGUGACUACAUAUUUAUAAAAUGGCACCAAUAGUUGAAAGAAUUCUAGAAAAUUUUCUUUUGGGAGAAGGUCCACAUUGGGACAUAACAACACAAAGUCUGUAUUUAGUAGAUAUUUCCGAAAAAAGUAUUCAUCGAUAUGAUUCCGUGACUAAAAGUCACCACCACGCUGUUAUAGAUAGCAAUAACGUUUCGUUUAUAAUACCAGUGGAGGGAAAACAAAAUCAUUAUAUAAUCGGCGUAGAAAAUGAACUGGCUCUUGUUGUUUGGGACGGAACAAGCAAUAAAAUAACAAAAUUGGAAAGAUUGGUUGGAGUUCCGAACAAACAAAUCCAAUUCAAUGACGGCAAAGCCGACCCCACAGGUAGAUUAUGGGUAGGAACCAUGUCCGUAAUAAGUCCGAAUGGGGAUAUCCCCGAAAACAAAGGGGCAUUCUAUUCUUUAGAAAACGGUCAACUUAAACAGCAUAUAGAUGGAGUGCAUAUUUCUAACGGAUUAACGUGGAAUCCUAGUCUAAAGAAAAUGUACUACAUCGAUUCUGGUACACGAACCGUAGAUGAAUUUGAUUAUGACCAAACAAAUGGCACAAUUAGCAAUCGCAAACCAAUAUUCACAUUGGAAAAACAUAACAUUCCGGGGAUACCAGACGGUAUGACCAUUGACACCGACGGAAAUUUGUGGGUUGCCGUUUUCCUCGGUUCAAGAGUUAUAAAGAUUGACCCAACGAAACCUGAAACCUUACUAGAAACAAUCGCGUUACCUGCUUUACAAAUAACCUCUGCAGAAUUUGGUGGUCCAAAUCUUGAUGAACUGUAUGUUACUAGCGGUCGUAUUACAAUCCAGGGUAAAACCCUGGAGCCUCCUAUACAUGGAGCUUUAUAUCGAAUUACGAAUACUGGAUCGAAAGGAAUACCAUCAAACAAAGUCAAACUUUCUGUAUAAUUGACAAAACUAACGACACAAUACAAGUAUAAUUUUCCUUUAAAAUACACUUCCCAGUAAAUACAUUAAUAAAUGCUAUUAAUUGAUACCCCACUGCGAAAUCUGUAUUUAAAAAUAAAAUAAUAACGUAAAAACUACUGUACA